GUUCUGCGCAUGCGCACUGCGCUCCGCCCGUGGCUGAACUGCUGAGAGUUUCCUGACAAAGUGUUGGAUUUAAAUGACCUAGCCAACAUGAAUGAGGAUGUGUUUGAAGUCCCAGAGAGGAAUGAGUACCGUUACUUGGUGCAGGAGGAAGAAGAAGAUGAUGUGCAGUACGUUCAUCACCGGCAGUACAUCAGUCCCUUCCUGGUUCUGUCCAAACGCUGCAUCGUUCUCAUCUGCCUGGGCGUUCUGACUCUGCUGGUCCUGGCUGCCUACCUGGGCUACAUGGCUCAGACUCUGCCUCCAGGACUGGCCCAGGUGUCCACAGACUGUGGAGACUUUAAAGGAAGACAUAAAAACGGAGCGUACUCCUUUAAGGGUAUCCCCUACGCUGCCCCACCUGUAGGAAACCUGCGCUGGGCUCCUCCGGUCGACCCGGUCUGCAGGAGCAAGGCGACCAUCGCUGACCGUUUCGGCAGCAUGUGCCCUCAGGUGAGGCCGAUGGGGAGCUCGGGGGCAGUUCUGGGCCAGGAGGACUGCCUGUUCCUCAACGUGUGGACGCCCACGCUGCAGCCUGACGCCCAGCUGCCCGUCAUGGUCUGGAUCCACGGCGGGUACCUACAGAUGCUGAGUGGAGCAGAACCGGGCUAUUCUCCCAGUGAGAGGCUCGCUGCAGACACAAACAUGGUCUACGUCAGCUUCAACUACAGACUCGGCCCGUUUGGAUUCCUCGCUUUGGAGAUGCUGAGAGAAGGUUCUCCUAAAAACACCUCAGGGAACUAUGGUUUCCUGGACCAGAUUGCAGCUCUAAAGUGGGUCCAGAACAACAUCCAUUUGUUUGGAGGAGAUCCCAAAAGAGUCACCAUUUUUGGACAAAGUUCAGGUGGAACAUCAGUUUGGACCCUGAUGAUGUCCCCACUGGCCAAAGACCUAUUUCAUGCUGCGGUGGACAUGAGCGGUUCAUACGUCUACAAUGCAACACUUAAACAAGCUGAAUCUGACAAUCUGGUGUUCCUGAAGAAGACAGGCUGCAAAGAUCUGGCCUGUCUCCGUGGUCUACCCAUGAAACAAGUCCUGCAGGCCGUCCCAUGGGAGGAGUACCCGUCCUGGGCAGGAAAGGAUUUAACUGACCUCCCCACCAAAGACCAGUUCAUUGGGCCCAUUGCAGUUGUGGAUGGUUUUGUCCUUGAAGCUCCACCCUUUGAGGUUUGGGAGAAAAAGGGAUUCUUCAGUGACGUCCCGUUUGUUGUCGGGACAACUGAGCAGGAGGUGGACUUCAGCCCUCCAGCUGAGAACAUCUCUGACUGGACCUGGGAGGACUACAGCUGGUUUGUAACAGAUAAACUCCAGUCCUUCAGUCAGCAGCUGCCCAACGAUGCACUGCUCCUGUACCCACCCUCGGCCCACUGUCCCACCACAAACCGUUGUCCAGAGAGGGCCUACACCACCAUGGUGUCCGACAUCAGGGUCACCUGUCCCAACAAUGACCUGGCCAGGAGGGCAGCAGGUAAAAUGGAAGCUGGUUGGCCUGAGUUCCCAGCAUCCAUUGCUCUGCUGUCGGACCAGCUGCAGGUGGUCCAGAACUACCCGUCUGCUCGUCGCUGUGAGCUGUGGAACAACAACAGCCUGUCUGCCUACGCCUGGAUCAACUGAGCCUGCACCUGUCACCUGUCACCUGUCACCUGUCCACAGCACAGAGUCACUUUGUGUCUGCACACACCUGAGAGGACCGCUGCAGGUUAAAGUUUGUCUCACUGCAGGUGAGCUUUUCUUUUUCAUCGGUCUUCAUGUAAAACCAUGUUUCUGACUGCGGAGGUUUAAAAUAGGAAAAAAGUCUUUUUCUAUGUGAAUACGUGUGAUAAGAUUAGAGUGUUUCUGUUGUAAGGUGGCAACGUCACAAGGUGAUGUUGUUUAUCAUGUCACCAUCUCUAGUAAAUAAUUUGACACAAUAGUUCAGAAAACAGAAAAAAACUGCCUGGGUUGAAAAAUUUGACCCAAACAGAAAUAAAGACCUGUCUGCAGCAGCAGGAGAGACUAAAUGUGGACCUUUACUGGACCUGUUAGACCUCGAACCACCUGUCUCUGUUCACUCGACACUGAUGCUCGUAUAAAGUCUCGUAGCUGCUCUAGUUUAGCUGCUCUGGUUUAGCUGCUCUAGUUUAGCUGCUCUAGUUUAGCUGCUCUAGUUUAGCUGCUCUGGUUUAGCUGCUCUAGUUUAGCUGCUCUGGUUUAGCUGCUCUAGUUUAGCUGCUCUGGUUCAGCUGCUCUGGUUUAGCUGCUCUAGUUUAGCUGAUCUACUUUAGCUGCUCUAGUUUAGCUGCUCUGGUUUAGCUGCUCUAGUUUAGCUGCUCUGGUUUAGCUGCUCUAGUUUAGCUGUUCUAGUUCAGCUGCUCUGGUUUAGCUGCUCUGGUUUAGCUGCUCUGGUUUAGCUGCUCUGGUUUAGUUGCUCUGGUUUAGCUGCUCUAGUUUAGCUGCUCUAGUUUAGUUGCUCUAGUUCAGCUGCUCUGGUUUAGCUGCUCUAGUUUAGCUGAUCUAGUUUAGCUGCUCUAGUUUAGCUGCUCUGGUUUAGCUGCUCUAGCUGCUCUGGUUUAGCUGCUCUAGUUUA